AUGACCGGAAAUGACGUACGGACGUCACAUUGCUGCGACCUAAAUGGCAGCCUACACAACUGCCACGCUUGCCUUGUAAACGGUGCCGUUUUCUUCCAUUUUAUCUAAUAUACAGGAAAAAAACAUCUUUAACAAUGUCCGGGAGACAUAACAACAAACUGCCAAACAAUCUGCCACAACUGCAGAACCUUAUUAAAAGAGACCCGCAGUCAUACGUGGAGGAGUUUCUGCAGCAGUAUCGACACUACCAGUCCAAUGUUCAGAUCUUCAGACUGCAGCCUGACAAGCCCAACAAGGAGCUGGCUGAUCUGGUCAUGUUUCUGGCUCAGGUGGGUCAUUGCUACCUGCAGCAACUGUCCACUUUUCCACAGGAACUGUCUGAGUUAUUAAUGAGUCACCACACAAUGCUCGAGCCAGACCUCAGGAUGACUUUCUGCAAAGCGCUGAUUCUCCUGAGGAAUAAAGAUCUGAUCGACCCCACCGGCCUCCUGGAGCUCUUCUUUGAGCUGCUGCGAUGUCAUGACAAACUCCUCAGAAAGACUCUGUACACUCACAUUGUAGCAGAUAUCAAAAACAUCAAUGCCAAGCACAAAAACAACAAAGUUAACACAACUUUACAGAACUUCAUGUACACAAUGCUGAGAGACAGUAAUCCCAUCGCAGCAAAGAUUUCUUUAGAUGUGAUGGUGGAGCUUUACAGAAGGAACAUAUGGAAUGAUGCAAAGACAGUUAAUGUCAUUACAACAGCGUGCUUCUCCAAAGUGACAAAAAUCCUUGUUGGCGCUCUUAAAUUCUUUCUGGGCAAAGAUGAGGAUGAGAAAAAUGAGAGUGAUUCAGAUUCCGAGGCCGAGGGACCAUCAGCCCGAGACCUCAAGGUGAGAUUCAACACCGGCAAGAAAACCUCCAAGAACAAGAAGAAGCUGGAAAAGGCGAUGAAAGUCCUCAAGAAAAACAAGAAAAAGAAGAAGGUAGAAGUGUUCAAUUUCUCUGCUAUUCACCUGAUUCAUGAUCCUCAAGAUUUCUCAGAGAAACUCCUGAAGCAGUUAGAAGACUCUAAAGAGCGCUUUGAGGUGAAGAUCAUGAUGAUGGAGUUCAUAUCCAGACUGGUUGGAAUCCACGAGCUGUUUCUCUUCAAUUUCUAUCCCUUCGUCCAGAGGUUUCUACAGCCACAUCAAAGAGAGGUGACAAAGAUUCUCCUGUGUGCAGCCCAGGCUUCACAUCAACUCGUCCCACCAGAGAUCAUUGAACCUGUAAUCAUGACCAUCGCCAACAAUUUUGUGACAGACAGAAACUCCGGGGAGGUGAUGACUGUGGGAAUCAAUGCCAUCAAGGAAGUGGCAGGCCGUUGUCCGCUCGCCAUCAAUGAGGACUUGCUGCAGGACCUAGCCCUCUACAAGACUCACAAAGACAAGAAUGUGAUGAUGUCUGCCAGAGGACUGAUCCAACUGUUCAGGAAUCUCAAUCCACACAUGCUGCACAGGAAGGACCGGGGGAGACCCACAGAAGCGUCAACAGAGGCCAAGAUCAAAGACUACGGAGAGCUGGAGGCUAAAGAUUACAUCCCCGGAGCCGAAGUCCUGGAGGUGGAGGAGGAGAAAAAAGAGGGAGAGGAGGAUGAAGGCUGGGAGAGUGCCAGUAUCAGUGAUGAUGAUGAGGAUGGGGAGUGGGUGGAUGUUCACCACUCGUCUGAUGAAGAAACGGGAGAAAUGGCGGAGAAGCUUCAGAAUAUGCCGGCUGAGGAAAGAAAAACCAAAGCAGCAGCAGUCAGCGGCAGCAGGCUCCUCACUCAAGACGACUUCAAGAAGAUCCGUCUGGUUCAGCUGGCCAAGGAGGUCAACGCUGCACCAGGGAAGGGCCAGAAGAGGAAGAAUGUGGAUCUUGACGAAGAGGACGACAACAGAGGGGAGCUGCUGACCUUGAGGAAUAUUGAGAAACUCCACAAGAAACCCAAAGCAGACAAGGAAACACGUCUGGCAACAGCAAUGGCGGGACGGACCGACAGGAAGGACUUUGUGAAGAAGCGGACCAAGCUGAACCCACACGCCAGCACCAGCAACAGGGAGAAGAGGAAGACGAAGAACUUCAUGAUGAUGAGACACAGUCAGAACGUCAGAACCAAAGGCAAACGCUCCUUCAGAGAGAAACAGCUUGCUCUACGGGAUGCUCUCCUGAAACAGAAGAAGCAGUACAAGUAAAACAUACAGACAUAAAGUUGUAUUUGCCAUCGGAUCACAAACAAUGUCAAAUAAUAAUGUACAUCCUUUAGGUAGCCUGUAAAACAUGAUCAGUUUGUUAAUGUGUUAUUUUCAGUGGAUAUUGCAAAGAUUUACACUGUUCUCAAAUAAACAAUCUUUAAUAGUUA